AUGGCUCUGGCUCCAUCCUCGUUGCUGCUCUUCCUAGUCUCGUCGUCGGUGUGGGUGGCCUUAUCCUUACCAUCGCCGGUGGCGGCAUCAGAUGGGCAAGCAGGAGGAGAGCAGUGCCCGCCCUUUUCAUGCGGCGACGUGACCAUCUCCUUCCCGUUUGGGCUCAUCCCGGAGGGCGCCGAGCAGACCAACUGCGGCGCCCAUAUUGGGUUCCAGGUUCAUUGCUCUAACAACAACAUCCCAUACCUCGAAUACUCUCAGAGCGAGCACCGCAUGCAGAUCCUCAGCAUAUUUUACCACAACCGCUCCUUGCUCAUCGCCGAUAGACUAGCAUAUUUCAAUAGGUCUAGCCCCAAAGGGUGCCGCAUCCCGAGAGCCAACACCUCGUCCCAUCCUGCUCCUCCGUUCUCGGUCAGUCCCGUCAAUCAGAACCUCAUCUUCUACAACUGCACCAAGCCGCCGCCGCCAGGGGCGGGGCUCGUGCAGACGUGUGAGCGGUUCACCCUUCUAUUCGUCCUGCUAAUGCCAUCUUUGAAGCUUCCCAUGGCUCUGGCUCCAUCCUCGUUGCUGCUCUUCCUAGUCUCGUCGUCGGUGUGGAUGGCCUUAUCCUUACCAUCGCCGGUGGCAGCAGCAGAUGGGCAAGCUGGAGGAGAGCAGUGCCAGCCCUUUUCAUGCGGCAACAUGGCCAUCUCCUUCCCGUUUGGGCUCAUCCCGCAGGGCGCCGGGCAGACCAACUGCGGCGGCGGGAUUGGGUUCCAGGUUCGUUGCCGUAACAACAUCCCAUACCUCGGGUCCUUUCAGAGCGAGUUCGACAUGCAGAUCCUCAGCAUCUUUUACCACAACCACUCCUUGCUCAUCGCCGAUAGACUAGCAUAUUUCAAUAGGUCUAGCCCCGAAGGGUGCCACAUCCCGACAGCCAACACCUCGUCCCAUCUUGCUCCUCCGUUCUCGAUCAGCUCCGUCAAUCAGAACCUCAUCUUCUACAACUGCAACAAGCCGCCGCCGCCAGGCGCGGGGCUCGUGGAGACGGUAUGCCACAAGAACACGUUUGUUCGUGCCGCCGAUGGGCGUCCCGACGAGUCAGCAGGCAGCUACUUUUUGGAGGACUGCAACGCUACCAUGGUACCGGUGCUCGGGGUGUCCGGCAAGGUGAACGCAACCAACUACGAGCAACUCGUCAGGGAUGGCUUCCUAGCGACAUGGCCGCCGCCAGUGACCUUGCUGGCAAGCUUCCCUCAAUUCACCGGUACCUCUGGCGCGCGGCAGCUGCAUGCAGUCUGCACUGUUCACGUGUGGUGUCAACGGGAAUGGCUGGAGGACAGUACUAAUAGGCAAAAACUAAGGUUUUUCCUAUGCAAAAAGACAACUAGCAGCACCACAGAAGAGAACAUUGAGGCCCUAAUAUUAUUGCAUGGGUCACUAGCUCCAAAAAGAUACAAGUACUCAGAAGUAACAAAGAUAACAUCUUCCCUUAAUAAUAAGCUUGGGGAAGGUGGUUAUGGCAUGGUUUUCAAAGGAAGGCUAGAUGACGGUCGUCUAGUUGCAGUGAAGUUCCUGCAUGACUCCAAAGGUGACGGUGAGGAGUUUGUGAAUGAGGUUAUGAGUAUUGGCAGGACAUCUCACAUUAAUAUUGUUAGCUUAUUUGGGUUUUGUUUGGAAGGCUCAAAGAGGGCCCUCAUAUAUGAGUUUAUGCCAAAUGGUUCUUUGGAUAAGUAUAUAUACUCCGAGAAUCCCAAAGCAAUUUUAGGAUGGGAUAAGCUCUAUACCAUAACAAUUGGGACCGCUCGAGGGUUGGAAUACUUGCACCAUAGUUGUAAUACACGCAUAGUGCAUUUCGAUAUCAAGCCUCAAAAUAUCCUUCUAGAUCAGAACUUUCACCCAAAGAUUGCUGAUUUUGGUUUGGCCAAGUUGUGCCAUACCAAGGAGAGCAAGCUUUCUAUGACCGGUGCUAGAGGAACACCUGGGUUUAUAGCUCCCGAAGUGCAUUCUCGAACCUUCGGAGUUGUUUAA